AUGCCCAAGUGUGCGUUCUUCUUCUGGCUGGCCAUCAAGAAUCGCUUGUUAACUAAGGAUAAAAUGAGGUUGUUUGAGAUGCAGGUUGAUCCUCGAUGUGUUCUGUGUAAUGGGGGCUUGGAAUCUUCUCACCAUUUAUUCUCUAACUGUCCUUUCUUUGCAGCCUUGCGUGCUGAGAAUCCAGUUCAGUUCAAUGCUGAUUGGGAUUUAUGCAGAACUGGUGCUUUUUUUAUUGGUAACACUAGCAGAAUUAAGAAAAGGAUUGGUGGAUUGUUUAUUGCAGUUGCUAUCUACCACACCUGGAAGGAGAGAAAUUUCAGAAUUCAUAAUGUUGGUAAACAUAAUUCCCCAUCAAGAGUCCUGCUGCGUGUUAAGGAAAUGGUCCGGGAAAGACUAUUUUCCUGUAACAGCUUCAAGAGAAUGGCUGCCAAUCAUCCUGGCAUCAUCCCAUUGCUUUAUUAG